AUGGCAAAAGGAAGCGACACGUCGGGCCUUCCCAGUCCUAUCAUGGUUCUGGCCGUGUGCACCUGCACAUGCUGGUCUGGCUGCAGAAUGAAUGCGGACCAAGUGACCUGGUCCCGCAUCUUACGCGCCGACAUUCCCUCUGCAGAUGACGAGCCGGAGCUGCACGAUUUGGUUCGCGGCUCCGGCGGCCCGACCGUGUACGACAAGGACGCCCAGCUCUUGCGGUUGCAUCAUCCCGCAGAUGCCCAUGCAGCCCACGUCCGCGCCUACAUGCCUGACGUCCUCGAAGCACUGCAGUGUCAUAUGGACGUCCAGAUGGGCGACGGCCCGGGGUUGCUGCUGCAGUACACCUCCACGUACGCGGCAAAGUUCAGCGACCAGUUCGCAAGCAGUUGGCUCAACGAGGAGGCGACCGACUUCCAGCUUGCUGAGCAGGGUCCAGAAGGACGAGCUGAGAAACAGGUGGGGCUUGGAUGCAGAUGUCGUGCAAAACGACAUUUACAUGCUGGUGUACAGCGGGUUCAGACCCCUCGGCUGCAAUACGGCGUUCUGGGACCGUAG